AAAUUAGCUAUGCUUCUGCUACUGCUUGGUUUUCAAGUUUCGAGUUUAUAUCUCCCGAGCUUCGACCAUCACAUUUGCACUUUGUUGGCAAAGCGCAUGCAUGAAUUCACUUGGAUUUUCUGUUGUUUUCUUUCCAGGGUCUGGUAUGAUUUUGUUUGCCACUAUGGUUUCGGCAACACAGUCUUGGUUUGGCAUUCGUACCAUCAAUACACACAGGCAGCACAGAUACCAACACGGACCACCUCAUAUUCUUGGUUCGUAACUCGACUUGCCAUAUUUAGCAUUGGUUCGCAUUCAUCAUUAAUGAUUUAUAUUGUGUUUGUUUGCAUUUUUGCAUUCAUCAUCAGUCAUCAUUAUCCAUCAUAAUCGACAAAGAGAAUAUUGAGAAUGCAGCACAUUUCUCAACGGUGAACUCAAAUACGCCUUCACAACCAUACAAUCAACCACCACCGCCACCAUCCUUGUCCUUAAUUGGUUCGGUGGUAUAUCACACAGAAUCGAUCCCUUCAAUUGUGUCAGCAGUGAAUCGACCGGCUACUCAAGACAAUCGACCGAAAAUCAGCAAAACACCCACAUAAAGCAGCAAAAGAAUAUAUUAAUAGUUGUAUUGAAUUUCUUUCUUUCUGGGAUUGCAUUUUUUCAACCAAAAGUUGAACAUAUCGGAACCAUGAACCAUUCAUUCGUCGUUUAAUUUUGUUGGUGAUCAUCAUCACUCAGCAACGUAUGCAUGUCAAUCGAAUCCUGAAUCUUCAUCAUCAGAAUGGCCUAUGUAAAUGUAGCCGAGUGGACUGCCCAACAUGUAGGCGACUGGCUUUAUGGUCUGGAUGAUUCGAUAUUGCCCUAUGUACAAUUCUUUGUCAACAAUCAAAUCAAUGGAUGUCGUUUGCUAUUGCUGACCGCACAGGACUUGGUCAAUCUCAACAUUCACAAAAUUGGCCACCAAGAAAUCAUAUUGGAAGCGGUAGAGCUAUUGCGUAAUCUCCACUACAACAUUACAUCGGAAACAUUGCAAACGAUUGCCUUACGUUUAGCAUGCAAAUCACGGGCAUUGUUCAAUCAGCUGAAAAAAUCAGCGGAAAAAGCUGCAGCAGUCGCAGCCGCAGCUGUCCAAGCAUCCAAUCACCAUACAACCGAUGUGGAAAACAAUAACCAUUCCCACAGUGGCAGUAAAAAGGAUAAAAACAAAGACAAGGAUAAAGACCAUCAUCACCAAUCUAACACAAAUCAAUCAACAACAACAACUAUCGAUUUAUCGCCUGUAUCGACAGCGACACUGGCAUCCGUAUCGGACAUAUUAUCCGCUGUCAAAGAUUUCAUAUCAUGGAUCGAUCGUUAUCCGUUCGAUGGACAGGAUAAAUAUGUGCAAGCUCGUAAAGCUAUAUUACAGCUGUCUAUAGAACUGACAUCUACCGCUCAACGUGAUCAACAAUUUGUUCAGGGACCCAACGAAGUGAUACGGCAAAGUUGUAAAAAAUUGGCCGAUCUCUGUGAUCGUCUUGUACAGGAAUUGAACGAUUCACUAGCAAUGCAAGCAUCAUCAUUAGAAGUGGUCACUGUGACCAAGAAUAUGGAUGAGGAUCUUGGUAUGCACAUUCACUCUUCCUAUUCCGGCAUUCAUGUCGUCGGUGGCCUCAAAUAUCAUUCGCCCGCACAUCUUAAUGGUAACAUUGAAGAAGGCGAUGAAAUCAUCCAAGUCAACUAUCAGACUGUCGUCGGUUGGCAAUUGAAAAAGUUGGUCGCAUCAAUGCGCCGUUUUCCCACCAAAUUAAUAUUGACCGUCAAGAAACGGCCACGUCAUCAUUCAAGCGGUUCGUUUACGGUGGUACCACAAUUUGCAUUACCAUUACCCGAAAUGUCUAUCAUCGGUAAUUCCAGUCUGCCACUCGGAACAUUACCCAUGAGUAAUGACAAUUGCACCAUCUACAACACAAUCCUCUCCACUGGAUAUCCACUUGAUGCUUAUUCAAUCAAUCAACAACAGACGACUACAGCAGCCAUUCAGGAUAAUAAUAGUAGUCUCAAACAACAAGAUCCAACCAUAACAGAACAAACACCGUUCAACAACAACAACAACAACAACAAUCACACAUUGACAUUCAACAGCGACAAAUCGAGUACAACGGAAAAUUUUAUGAUCCAAAAUAGUAGUGCUCACAACAAUCAUGAUAACAAUGGUGACAAGAACAAUAAUAAUAAACCACAGAAUCGUAAACCAUUGACCAUGAUGAUGAUGAUGUCAUCAAUGCUGUACAAUGAUACAAACAAACAUAAUCUAGAUAAUCUGGAUAAUCUGGAUGACUUUGCAAAUCAUCAUUUCAAUCAUCAUAAAGAACAACCUCACAAAGAAUCGACAAACAUCAUACAACGUACAACAUGCACUUUAUCAGAUGAUUCCUCACCAUUAUCUGAUCUAUCCGACGAUGAUGACGACGAUUCAUCCACAAUGUUUUCAACCGAUUCGGACACAGACACCGAUUGUUCCAUCAAUCGCCAUCAUCAUCACGGCCAUCGACAUUCACAUCGUAGCCGAUCAAAUCAUAGAAUUUCGCAUAAUGACAACAACAACAACAACAACAACAAUCACAUCAAAAUCGAAUCCUCAAACCAUAAUAAUGGCAAAAAACAGAAAAUGAAAUCAACAACCAAAAUUGAUCGUACUGAUCAAAUGACGACCACCACCAUUGCCACCACCACCACUACAACGAAAACAACAACCACAACGCCAUCUACGGAAAUUGCAAUAAACGAUAGCAAUGGCCAAAAGACAAUCAGCUGUCGAACUAAACAUUCGAAAAAAGCAACCAUCAAUCGUCAUGACUGUUGUUGUUCAUCGGACCAUGAAUUUAUUGGUGCCAGUGAAUGUGAAAUUGAAGACAUGGAAGAAUAUAACGACAAUGAUUCGGCUUUCUAUUCUGGACGACGUACGACAACAUCGACAUCGACAUCGACAACAAGUUCCAAAAAUGAGGAUUCCAACAAAUCCAAUAAUCACGUGAACAAUUGUCCAGCAACAAUGUCAACGACUACAAUGACGACAACAUCAUUAUCAUGUUCAUCUUGCUCAUCCACGACGAGUCAAAACACGAAAAAUUUGGCCAAUUCAUUUGUCAAGAUACGAAUUUCGAAACAAAAAUCAUCAUCAUUUUCAUCCAAGGAGAAUGAAAGCAUGGGCGGUAAUGAUUCGGCCGAUUCCGGCAUUCGCGAACGUGAUGAUAACGAUAUCGAUGAAAACAUGGUGAUGAUGAAACCUCGUACAAGUGCAGAAUUUGAAGAAUUAUAUCUCAUGCAAAAGAAUGGCAACAACAACAACAACAACAACAACAACAACAACGCAACGGCAAUAGCACCAGCAAUGAACAAAACUGCAUUCAAUUUCGGAAAACUCAUGAAUGCCACACAAAUGACGUCGGUACAGCUGUCAACCAUAACACAUCUGACCAGUUUGGCCAAAAAUAUUCGAUUCGCCAAUAUGACACAGGUACAAAACAACGUGCAACAACCAUCAUUGUCAUCGUCAUCAUCGAUAUCAUCGGCAAAUACGCAUUCGAAAUCAAAGUUCGACCCAAUUCUAGCGCAAAAAAUUGAACAGACAAUUCACAGACUAAGUGGUGGUGAUCUAGUCAUGGGAAACUAUCAAGGUCAUCUCUACACUUAUAAAGGAUCCGAACGAAUCGGGGGCAAUAGUGCCGAUAUUCCAUCAUUAGGAAUGAUUGUCGAUCCAAAACAAUUGCAGAAAUGGACCAAAAUUCGUUCCGUGCUGCGAGAUAAUUGUCUUUAUUCAUAUCUCAAAGAUUCGGCUGUCGCUUGUUUCGAAAUUCCGAUUCAUCUACCCGGUUACUAUAUACUGGUGGAUAAACAAAUGUUUCUCGAUCAUCAUCAGAGGCAGCAACAAGAUGGUGCACAAUUGAAACAAUUGGUCAUCUUCAAACUGGUCACAUAUCAUCGUUUGUUCAUGUUUGCCGUCGAUUCACUGGCCGAAUUGGUUCGCUGGAUUGUCCGGUUCGGUUAUCGUUUCUGCUGUAAUCCAACCGAGCCUCAACUUUGCUUCACAUAUUAUCUAUCGCCAGCACAUAUUGGCGAAUCACCGUCAACAUUACCGCCAUCAUUUCAUAAUCAAAAAUUCGAAUCUAUUCGAUCACAGGCCAUGAGUAGAGAUCAAUCUUCCACUGACGACAGUCGUAAAGAGACGCCGCUGCAAUUAUCCGAAUUGGAAUCCGACGACUAUCAUGAUCUAUUGACCAUCAAGUCCAGCGAUUCCAAUGAUGGUUCGCAUCAUGUCAAAUUCCAGAGUAUGAAUGAUGUGAAUUCAGCAUCAACCAACGACAAUGAUGAUAAUAAUGGUGGCCAUCAUCGAUUCAUAAAAUCACCGCAUCCACGUGGCUCCAUUCGUUUUGCUGUUCGUCGUUCUGGACAGGAUCUAGAUUUCGUUGACUCGACAAUCGACGUGAAAAAGACGUUGGCCGAAAAUCUGGAUUCAAAUGACGUACCUGUCAAAACGAUUGAUGCACCAAAUCUACCGCCAAGAUUGUCAAAUUUUUCAAUCAAAACAACUACUCCUGCAACGGCAACUAUUACUACUACUACGACAACAACAACAAUAAUCAAUGAUCAAAUGCCGAGACCAAAACCUCGAAUAUCGAAAAUGGCCAUCAUGAAUGGCCGAGUCAACGCAUCAUCCUCUACAAAUUUAGCUGCACAACGGUUAGCACCGAUUUCAGUGCCUGAAAAAUCCACACAUAUCAGUCAAACAAUACAGCAUUUCGCCAAUCUACAGCGACAGAAUAAUCUUCGAACAAGUUUUGCUCAGCAACAGCAUUCUUUGAUGACGACAAAAAAUACAAAAAUGGCCACCAGUAGUAAUCAACAACUCAAUUAUGCAGAUUAUGACUACAUCAUCAAUAACCGACCGAAACCACUAUCCACACAAGAUCAGAUUGUAGCCAAACAACCGAACACAACAACAACCAUGCAAACCAUAGGUAACCCAUUAUAUUGUCAUGUUCCGAUGGCCACGAAUCUUCAGCAACAGGCCCAAUCAUCCGAUUCAUCAACAUCAUCAUCGGACCAGGAUGAAUCGCGAUCAUCAUUACCACCAUCGAUUGAUCCACCACCACCACCACCACCAGCAUCACUUCCAUCGUUGAUCAUUGAUAAUCUGGAACAACAACCAUCGAAUCAAUCCACACCUAUUCCAGUUGGUUCACCACGUGUACAGACAAAACGUCCGGCCAAACAACAAACAAUGGUCAACAACACUGCAACACAAGUUGCACCGGUUGUACCGCCUAAACCAAAUCGAAAUGAUUCGAAAAAAGAUUCAUCAGAAGCACCUCCAACAUUGUUGCCGAGACGGCCAAUCAAUCAAAGUCAGGCACCACCACCUUUGCCGACGACAUCACAUCCACAAUUAUCACGUUCAAAUAGCAAUCAACAACCAGCACAGAUACCGCCUCCAAUUUGUCCAAAGCCCGACCUAAUCAAGUGUUUAGCUGCGGCCAAAUCUGGUGCUAAAUUUUUGAAUCGAAGUUUUUCCGAUGCUGCAUAUCAAUCAUCAACGAACCAUGGCUCGACAACAUCCAAUAGACCCUCAUUGAAAUCUCGACAUUCAUUAGAAUCCAAUCAAGAUGAUGAAACAGCCCUAUUUUUAACAAUUUAUAACAAUAAUCAAACACUACAAUUUCAGCGUACCGGAUCGGUAGCAUCGUUCGGUGAUACACCCAGUACGCCUACGAGUAUAUCCGGUUUCGAUAUAUCGCCCGGUCGAUCAUUACCGACAAUGGGCCUAUCAAUGUUGGCCAAAAAACGACUUUCCAAUGUCAGCGCCGAUAGUUCGGCCAUUGAAAAAGCAAUCAAUCUACAUCACUCAAAUUGUAAUACUGCACCAAUUGAUCGUCGACCAUCGAAUUCCUCAAUCACAUCCGGAUAGAAAUAAUCAUCGUCGUUUGACUAUAUAUUAUAUUAUAUAUAUGUCAUAUAUUUAUUCAUUAUUCAUUAUUUCUCAUCAUUUG